AUGGGAUCUAAUAGUGGGAAACUCUAUGAAAAUGGACGAGGAAAAUUUCAACCAACAACUGAUUUGCAAUUUAUGAUCAACGGAAAGAAGUUCUGUGUUCGCCCAGGAACAAUCCCUCAUGAUACAUCACUCAAUACGUUCAUUCGCAUCUACGCAGGACUUACAGGAACGAAAUUUAUGUGCAAAGAAGGAGGAUGUGGGGUUUGCACCGUAAUUUUGAGGCGUCAGGAGACAGAAACUAACGAAGAAUGGGUUGGAUCAGUUAACUCAUGUUUGCUGCCCAUUUAUUCCUGUCAUGGAUUGGAAGUUCUGACUAUUGAGGGUGUUGGAGACAGUUUAAGUGGCUAUCACGCUGCCCAGGCUCGUCUAGCUAAAAUGAAUGGAACUCAAUGCGGUUACUGUUCUCCAGGGAUGGUGAUGAGCAUGGUGGGUCUAAUGGAGGAACAACGUGGAAAAUUUUCCAUGGCAGACGUUGAGAAGCAUUUUGGCGGGAAUAUCUGUCGCUGCACAGGAUAUCGCCCUAUCCUUGAUGCUUUUAAAUCAUUGGCUGAGGAUGCUGACACUGGCCUAACUGCUGCUUGUACGGACAUUGAGGAUCUACCAGUAAGAUGCGCCUUUGCCCAGCAGCCAUGCCUUGAGAAGGAUCAGGAUUUUUUGCAUUUCCGUUUGGAUAACUUCCGGGAUUGGUUUAGGGUGAGGAAAUUGAAUGAUGUACUGAAAAUUCUGGAGAAAUCACACAACCGCCCUUAUAUGCUAAUUGGAGGGAAUACAGGGCACGGAGUCUAUCGUCGUCGGGAAGAUUUACAGAUUUUUAUAGAUAUCACAGGUGUGGAAGAAAUGAAAACGACCAUGAUUGGAGAUACUCUGGAAGUGGGAUCUGCCAUUACUCUCACAGAGUUUAUAGACUUCCUAAAUGAAGCUGCCGCAUUGAAGCGAGAAUUUUCCUACUGUCGUGAAUUUGUGAAACAUUUGGAACUUGUAGCACAUCCUGCAGUACGUAAUGUUGGUACACUUGGUGGAAAUUUAAGCUUGAAACAUCAACAUCCUGAAUUUCCUUCAGAUAUCUUCCUCUUACUUGAAACUGUUGGUGCCUUUCUUACGACCAUUGAUAGCAAUGGGAUUCAUAGGGCAGUUACUGUUGAGGACUUUAUGUAUAAAUCCAUGACAAAAAGGAUCCUUGUCAAGGUAACUCUUCCACCUCUACCACCUGAAAAAUACUCCUUGGUUACCUUUAAAAUAAUGCCUCGUGCACAAAAUGCCCACGCCAUGAUAAAUGCAGGAUUCCUCUUUAAAUUUAACCCCGAAAGUCGCUCAAUAGCUUCAGCAAGGAUUUGCUACGGUGGAAUUAAUCCGAGAUUUGUUCACGCUACCAACACUGAAAAUCUUCUUGCUUCCAAAAAUCUCUUUGCAAACGAAACUAUAUCUCUUUUGAUGGCCUCACUCAAUGAAGAACUCAAAGUCGAUAGGACGCUAACAGAAGCAUCUCCAGAUUAUCGCAAAACGCUAGCCAUGAGUCUUCUUUACAAGGCUAUACUGAGCUUAGCUCCUCCUGGGAGGAUUCGCGAAUCUUUCAGCAGUGGUGGUACAGAAAUACAUCGAGGACUCUCACGUGGGAAGCGUAAAUUGAAUGCAUCGGAGAACGCCAUUUUGAAGAUUGAAGGAUAUCAUCAGUGUGCAGGAGAAGUAAAAUACGUUAAUGACUUACCGUAUAUGAUUAAUGAAGUUUGGGCAGCUUUCGUUAUGGCAAAGGAAGUUUUAUCAACUGUUGUUGAUAUUGAUGCAAAGGAUGCUCUAAGGAUUCCUGGUGUGGUAGCAUUUUUCACUGCUGCAGACAUUCCUGGUGCUAAUUCCUUCAUGACUCAGGUUUUUAUAGAACCUCUCCAAGUUGUGGAACCUGAGGAAGUUUUCUGCAGUGGAAAAGUCCGUUACCAUAGCCAACCUGUAGGAAUCAUCUUAGCGGAAAGUCUCGAUUUGGCGCUAAAAGCUGCUGAAUUAGUUAAAAUUACCUACAAUCCCUCAGCUGAUGAGAGGAAGCUUAUGCUAACCGUUGAAGAUGUCUUGGAAGCAGGUGAGGAUGAGAGGAUAAUUAAUUUCGCAAAGCAUUUAGAAGCUGAAACUCAAGGAAAUGACACUGCAACCACCAUUACGGGAAAUAUAGCAUUUAGUUCUCAAUACCAUUUUUACAUGGAACCACAGACGACGGUUUGUGUCCCAACAUUAGACGGUAUGAUUGUUCACUGUGCUUCGCAUUUUCUGCAUUUUGCCCAAAUGGGAAUAGCACAGGUGCUGAAUAUCCCACAAAAUUCCAUUAGUAUGAAAAUUGAACAAAUUGGCGGGAGUUUUGGUGGGAAAAACUCAAAAUCAGUUCACGUUGCUUGCGCUGCAGCAGUGGCUUGUUACCAUCUACGACGACCGGUACGUUUUGUGAUGUCAAUUGAGCAGAACAUGAUGAUUAUUGGUAAAAGAUUCCCAGCUUCCUCCUACUAUGCAGUUGAAAUCAAUAAGCAAGGAAUUGUUCAGAAAUUGGAUUGCACUUACUGUGUAAAUAUGGGUGCGUCAAGGAAUGAAGGUCCUGAUCAGCCUUCAAUUAUAGCUUAUUUUACUAAUCUCUACAACACCACAACGUGGUCUUUGAACAUAAGAGGAGUUUUAACGGAUCUUCAUCCCCAUACAUGGUUUCGUGCUCCUGAUGCAUUAGAGCCGUUUGCCAUCAAUGAGACUGUUAUGGAACACAUUGCUAAGGAGCUAUGUCUUGAUCCUUUAGAUGUCCGUUUAGCUAAUCUUCCCGAGGAUUCCCAAAUGCGUACUAUUCUACCAGAAUUCCUUGCUCAAUGCAACUUCGAAGAACGCCGUGAGCGUGUUAACAUCUUCAAUGCUGCAAAUCGUUGGAAGAAGCGUGGAAUUGCUUUUGUGCCAAUGAAAUAUAAAAUUAUAUCAACCUUCCGCUAUGGAGUCCUUGUUACCGUCUACGCCAUUGAUGGAAGCGUGAGCGUCGGCCAUGGGGGUGUUGAAAUGGGUCAAGGAAUAAAUACGAAGAUGGCUCAGAUUGCAGCCAAUACUUUUGGGAUUCCUGUUGAAAAUGUUAAGAUUGAAGCAGCAAAUACAUUUGUAAAUGCUAACACAUCAACAACUGGAGGGAGUCAAUCUAACGAUGUUUUAGGACGGCUCGUCUUGGAAGCCUGCAACACAAUUUUAGAACGCAUGAAGCCAGUUCGCGAGGAAAUGCCAUCAGCAACGUGGUCUGAGCUGGUACGCAUCGCAUAUGAAAGGAAUGUUUCUUUAGCAGCAUUUGUUAAUGAUAUGGAUAAGGAUCGUAUAACUUACGACGUCUGGGGCGUUUCUUGUGCUGAGAUUGAAGUUGACGUUUUAACUGGAGAUUUCCUGCUACGUAGAGUUGAUAUUGCUGAAGAUGUUGGAGAGAGUCUCAAUCCAAAUAUCGAUGUGGGCCAAAUUGAAGGAGCUUUCGUAAUGGGACUCGGCUACUGGUUGCAGGAGAAAAUCAUUCGAAAUCCUGAAACUGGGGAAAUCUUAACAAAUCGAACUUGGAACUACAAGCCUCCUGUUGCAAGGGACAUCCCUGUGGACUUCCGAGUAUCCUUCCUAAAAGGACAAAAUCUCCCUGCAGGAAUUAUUGGAGCUAAGGGAACAGGAGAGCCUGCAAUCUGUAUGUCCAUUGUGGCAAUUUUUGCUCUGAGGAAUGCGUUAGAAUCUGCAAGAAAGGAUGCAGGAUUGCCUUACACUUUUAUUGAAUUGCAUGCACCAACAACAAAGGAGGAUAUUCUGCUUCUAUCAGGGACUCAUUUUAGCCAAUUUCAGUUGUGA